AUGUUUCUAUCUAUCUAUCUAUCUAUCUAUCUAGAUCAGAUUAUUAAUAUUUAUGUUUGGGUCAGUUUUUUCAUAUCUAUCUAUCUAUCUAUCUAUCUAGAUCAGAUUAUUAAUAUUUAUGUUUGGUUUUUUCAUCUCUAUCUAUCUAGAUCUAUUAAUAUUUAUCUAUCUAUCUAUCUAUCUAUCUAUCUAGAUCAGAUUAUUAAUAUUUAUGUUUGGUUUUUUCAUAUCUAUCUAUCUAUCUAUCUAUCAAUCUAUCUAGAUCAGAUUAUUAAUAUUUAUGUUUGGGUCAGUUUUUUCAUAUCUAUCUAUCUAUCUUUCUAUUCCCGGAUAUCUAAAGAAAAUGAUAGAUUUCUAUAUAUAAUGAUUCUCGACGUGAGAUUUCGGUUUUCCUCGCGGGGAGAACGCAAGAAAAGAUCCAGUCGUCCAUUUUAUCUGAAUGCGGAAAUUAUUCUUUGUUAUUAUUUAAGUAAAAAACAAAUAAAAUUGAACAACUGCAUUGUCGUUCGGCAUUGUUGCUGGUAUUGUUUUUUUCCUUCUUUUUCUCCUUCUUCUUCUUCUUUUUCUCUUUCGUCUUCUUCUUUUUUCUCUUUCGUCGUCUUCUUUUUUCUCUUUCUUCUUCUUUUUGUUCUUUUUUCUUUUUUUCACUUUCUUCUUCUUUUUUCUCUUUCUUCUUCUUUUUUUCUUUUUUUCUCUUUUUUCUUUUUCUCCUUUUUCGACGUCAUCGUGCCAUAUCUCUUCAGUGCGUAG